AUGUCAGGAUUGCACGAUAUAGGAUAUCUUACUGUGGGGAAGCGCGCGACGCCGGCGCAGACAACCCAACCGACGCCAACACAAAUGAUGCGAGUGCACACAAAGGCAGUAUCGGCAGUCGCGUUCUUCAAAGAUAGUCGACGGAUUGUCACUGCUUCCAAGGAUAAAACCCUGCGAAUCUGGGACGUGGAGAAAAGAGUAUUGGUGGAAGGGCCAUUUGAGGGACACAGUGACUGUGUGUAUUCAGUCGCUAUAUCGCCAGACGAUAGACGAAUUGCGAGUGGUGGAGAAGAUAAAGCCAUGAUCAUCUGGGACGUCGAUACCAAGCAGAUGGUAUUCAAACCACAGGAGAAGCGUAGAGGCUGGGUACGGUCGGUGUGUUUCUCCCCCGAUGGAAAGAGACUCGCAAGCGGGUCACAUGAUGAAAGAGUUAUUAUAUGGGAUACGGAGACUGGCGCUGUCCUCAAGACUCCAUCCGGAUCAUUGUGUAGCAUCCGGGUUUGGCAUACCGAUAACGCCGAGCUUCUGUUGGACAUCAGCAUCGACGCCCACCAUUUAGUUAAAAUUGUUGUGUGGACGCCCGACGGCCAGCAACUUGUCUCUGCAUCAGACGACAAAACAAUCAAGUUUUGGGACUCGUCGGAUGGGACUCAGAUCGGUCAACCUUGCACCGGUCACACUGACAAGAUCUGCUCCCUGGCCAUCUCUUCUGAUGGCUGUUUCAUUGCCACUGGCUCGUUCGAUAAGACUGUGCGCCUGUGGAACACAAAGUCACACCAGCAAAUAGGACAGGCACUCGAACACACCGCAUGGGUCCUCUGCAUCGCCAUCUCUCCCAGUGGAGAAUUGCUCGCGAGUGGAGAUAAUGCUGGGAAUCUUCAGCUCUGGUCCAUCGAGAACACACUUUCCACAGCAUUUGGGAUGGAUUCGUCAUAUGAUUUCUACUUUGCGCACCGCAGUAAGGUGAAGUUGGGCCAACAGCUCUAUUCGGGGGCCCUUUCGGACGCGGACAAGGUCAUUGAGCUCAACCCUUCGUAUCAUCUCGGGUACGAAUUGAAGCAUGCAGCGCUUCGUGGAGCACAGCGCUAUGUUAGCCCACCUGAAGUAGAAGAUGCUAUUCGACAAGCCAUUUACACUCAACUGGAAAACGCUCCACUUCGUCUAAUCAACACCUCUUCUGGAUGUUUGUGCAAUCGAGAUACGCAGAUCAACGCACUCACGGAGAGUACAGAGCACAAAGAGCUUUUGCAUUCAUUGGUGAUGCAUGCGCCCCUCCAAACAGGACCCAUCCAAGAAGCGGUUGCGAAAUACUUCAGUUGGGUCAUGUUGUCCCAUAGGUGGGAGACCAAAGAGCCGCUACUGCACGACAUUCAGGGCAGCGACAUAUACGACUUGGAUCCGGUCGGAACCGUUGUGAAAUUGCAGAAGUUCUGCAGAGUCGCUCGCAAAGCGGGGCAUCAUUGGGCGUGGAGCGAUACAUGCUGCAUCGACCAGAACAACAAUGUUGAGGUUCAGCAAUCAAUCAACUCCAUGUUCAUCUGGUAUCACUACUCGGCACUCACCAUUGUCUACCUAUCGGAUGCUCCUCCUUCGUCAGAAUCUGGCGCGCUCGCACAUAGCAUUUGGAACACGCGAGGAUGGACUGUCCAGGAGUUCCUCGCUUCUAAAAUUGUUUUCUUCUACCAAGCGGAUUGGACACUAUACCUUGACGACCGUUCACGCAACCACAAGGAGUCUGUUGCUAUCAUGCAGGAGUUGGAGCUUUCUACUGGCAUAAAUGCGCGGGCGCUCGUCGCCUUCCGCCCGGGGAUGAGAGAUGCUCGAGAGAAACUUCGAUGGGCAUCAACACGUGUCACCACGUUGCAGGAAGACAUCGCAUAUUCGCUGUUUGGUAUCUUCGGCAUCCACCUCCCUGUAAUCUACGGAGAAAAAAGACAGAACGCGCUCGGACGUCUCUUACAGGAGAUCAUAGCUCAUUCGGGCGACAUCACGUCCCUUGAUUGGGUUGGACAAUCGUCCAACUUCAACAGUUGUCUCCCAGCCGAGAUUUCCUCAUACAAGGCUCCGCCAUGCACGUUGCCAUUUCUAUCUGAAGACGACAUGCAGAAUUCGGUCUCCAUGCUGCGAAACAAUGUAGCUGUGGAGUCCGCUUUGAAACUGUAUACCACUCUUAAGAACCUUGGCGUUCCUCAUUUCGCAAACGCCAGACUGCAACUGCCCUGCAUCGCAUUUCUCCUCACAGAAGUCAGGCGGAGACCUGGUCAGGACGGGACUAGCUGUUUCACUUAUGACGUCAAGGCAGACCGGCUGCAAGACCUGCUAGUCAGAACGGAAGAUAAGCUAGUUCAAUUCUCGCCUGCAAGACGUACUCGGCAGACAUUCCUGCUCAUUCGUCCGUGGACUCGUUAUCUUCUCGAGCUGCCAGACUUCACAGAACUGCCAGACUUUGCCGAGCUGUCCGACUACUGA